CAAGCUUGUGUGUCUGUCACAGAGCGAAAGAGGCUUGCGUCGUAUUAAAUUCUCCUCUGAAGUUUAUCUGGCUGAUCUUCUAUCUGGACCUGAGAGAUGAAGAAGGCACAAUCGCUCCUUUUCCAAGCGUUGACCGUGCUUGGCAUUUGGGCUUCGCUUGUUGUUUUGGAAGGGCACUUCUUUCCUGGACUUGGUGGGCUUGGACUUGGUGCUGAUGUGGAUAAGUUCGCUGUAAAAUGACACAUUUCAAAGACAACCCUAUGCUGAGAGCUACAAACUCUUUUGUGAACAAGUGAUCCGUCAAAGGAUUAUCGUUGACAAAGAAGUGCUCAGAAUGGACAAGCCAUGAAGGUUGUUCGUGAACAUCGUUAAGAACCAUGAGGAUCUUGAUGCUUCAGACUACAGAUGGUGUUCCGAAAAAUCAGCGAUGUGAAACGAGAGGAAGACGAGGGUCAGAGGCGGAAAAACGAAGCCCCUCUCAACUUGCCUCCCGACCACCCGGUGCGUAAACUCUUCCAGCGCUUCCGGCAGCAGCAGGAGGCUCGGACGGCCACGGAAAAGACGAGUGAAGACAAUGACGUGGAGAAGGGUCCCCUCUAUGUGGAAAUUCCCAAGACAGCAAUCAUCAUCACCAGCAUUGUGACAGUGACGGAAAGCCCGACAACGCCGUCAUCGCCGCCAAACAAGGCAAAAUCAAAGGCUGGGGGCGCUUCGAGGAAUCCAUGGUGAAACCUGAGAACUGGAAAACGGUGUCCAAAGCCUAGUCCAUGGAGACGUUGCCAGAGCGAACCAAAGGUCACGAAUCACAGAUGCCCCUGAAGAAAACGGACUUGUGUGACAGCGGCAUCACCAAAAGCGACCUGCGCCUCGACAAAGUAAGCGACUUCCGCUUGACUACGCAGGACCGCAGUCCCGUGCAGCCUCCCGAAAUCAGAUGUUCCUUCUGCCCCAUUCCCGAGCAGACCCUACACGCCUCUCUUCAAGAACUCAAGCUGGAACUUAAAGACGACCUGAAGAGCCUCAACGUCCCAAUGUCGGGUCUGGAGGCGCAGCUAGCCGAAGCCCUCCAGCUCCUUAAAUCCAGGACGCCCACCACUGGCUCUCCGCAAGGUCUCUUUGACAUUUCCAGACCCGCCUCUCCAGAAGCCGACAAAGAGGAGGACAUCUUCUCGUGAGCACUAUAGGCACAUUUUACUGUCAACCAAGCCGCAAUCCGGUAAUGGCCACUACAGACCCUACUCACCAACGUCACAGAAUGACGUGUCGCUGUAUCUGGCCGCCAUAUUGUCCGUCAUUGUUUAUCCGUAUUCUCAAAGGUUUCAAUUUGUCGUGCAAUUUAUAGUGCAAUUCAUGGAAGCCCCGGUGCUUUCAGACGCUGUAAACUCAUUGGAUGCGUUGCAUAAAAGGCGUUAUGUGGAAAAGCUUCAGUCUAUCCAUUCGCCAGAUCCAUAUUUGAUGCCUAAAUCGAUAUUUUUCGACCUGCUGUCUUCGCCCUCUCUGCCAGACAUCUGCUACCCUGAUAUCUAAAACCAUCUUGUCCACAAAAAAUCCUCCUAUUCUCACGAAAGUUUGAAAAACAUUAAGAGCAGCACUCUAACCAACAUUACCCCGUGUGACCCUUUACUUCCAAUUUUCUAAAAUGGCGACAAUCAAUCAAAAAAAAAGUUGACUGCGAUGGCCGACGCUUCAAGGAUAGGUGGAUAUUGGACUAUUUCUUCAAUAAAACAUGCAACAACUGUGUCUGCCUCAUUUGCAAAGAGACAGUCGCUGUUUUCAAAGAGUUCGAUGUGACGCGAUAUUACAAAACAAUACACGCUAACAUGUACAACAUUACAGGGAAGAUACGCAGCGAGAAAUUAUAGCAACUUGAAGCUUGUUUAAUUUCACAGCAGCAGUAUUUCGCAAGAGCCCGAGUGUCGAAAGAGAACGCCACAAAAACAAGACUGUUGAAAUUAUGAAUUAAAAAAAAUAAUAAUAAAGCAACUGUGACACGCAGAAGGGCUUGCUAAAAUUUGUUAAAAUAUAUUGUUCUAUGUAAAUCAGCCAAGGUAGCCCCCCGCAUUUUACCACACCAAAUCUGGCCCCCUUUGCAAAAGGUUUGGACACACCUGUUUAACUGAUGAUCCGUAGACGAGGCCAGCUUCUUUCACUUGGUACCAGCUAAAUAUUAUUCAAAAUUUAAUGAUGGUGGAAGAAAUAAGCAUCUUGAAUUUGAAACUGUAUGUUGUUGGCGAUUAGCCUCGCAAUGAUCUUAAUUGUGCUUGUCAGCCCAAAACCCUCUAAAUAUAUAUUAAAUGCAUUUUACCAGAUAUAAAAUGACUACUACAUAAUCCGUGGUAAUCUUUUGGAGCCCAGUUUUCUUGUCGAAUUGCAGCAGUCCAUCUCGCUCUCCUCUCUGGGUCUCUCGGAAUACGGUAGAACUUAAGUCUCUCCGUCUAUCUUCUCUGUUAUUGCAACCAACCGCCACACACGCCUUCACCAUUUUGAUUAUUAAUGUUAAUGAGCAUAAAAACACGCCAUAACAGGAGGAAUUUACGUAGCGGUAAUGCGUCAACACGACGAGUUGACAGACAAUAUGGCGCGGAGGCGUGGUUGUGACGUCAUGUGAGUAGGGUCUAUAUGGCAAUAG